GUGUGUUUUGGUCACGUGGAUUCAUGAAAGCCCUCCAGGUUGUGGCGUCAUGCGUUUGACCUCAUACUAGGUCCUUUUUGCACCUUUUUUCGCACAUUUAAAGAUUAAAUUAGGGUUUACUGGAGGGCAACCGAGAUGUCAACCCCACUUUCGAAGCCCCAAAUUAUCGCACACAUUCAGAAGAGUUUAAAUUACACAGUUUUCGACUGCAAAUGGAUACCGUGCAGUUCCAAAUUCGUGUGUCUCGGAAACUUUCCGAGAGGAACCGGAGUCAUGCAAAUAUACGAGAUGCAGCAUGGAGACGCUCAGCUCAUCAAAGAGGUGGAGAAAGCCAAACCCAUCAAGUGUGGCACCUUUGGGGCCUCAUCUCUUCGCCAAAGACACAUAGCGACAGGGGACUUUGACGGAAAUCUAAACAUAUGGAACCUGGAGGAGCCCAACAUACCUGUGUACUCCGUGAAGGCCCACAAGGAGAUUGUCAAUUGCAUCGACGCCGUCGGCGGGCUCGGCAUCGGCGACGGGGCGCCUGAGAUUGUCACCGGAAGCAGAGACGGUACAGUGAAAGUGUGGGACCCUCGGCAGCGUGACUCACCCGUGGCCAACAUGCAGCCCGUGGAAGGAGACGCCAAGAGAGACUGCUGGACGGUCGCCUUUGGCCACGCCUUCAACGAUCAGGACCGCUGCGUGUGUGCCGGCUACGACAAUGGCGACAUCAAACUGUUUGACUUACGCAACAUGUCGCUGCGCUGGGAGACCAACAUUAAGAACGGGGUGUGCUGCGUGGAGUUCGACAGGAAGGAUAUCAACAUGAAUAAAAUGGUGGCCACCUCACUGGAGGGGAAAUUCCAUGUGUUUGAUAUGCGGACUCAGCACCCCACCAAGGGUUUCGCUUCCGUUUCUGAAAAGGCCCAUAAAUCAACCAUCUGGCAGGUGAGACAUUUACCUCAGAACCGAGAAAUUUUCCUGACGGCUGGCGGCUCGGGCAGCCUUCAUCUGUGGAAAUACGAGUACCCUGCACAGCGCAGCAAGAAAGAAUCAGACGGCAACAGCGUGGGUGUGGCCGGCUCGGUCAGCCUCCUGCAAAACGUCACGAUGUCCACGCAGCCCGUUGCCAGCCUGGACUGGAGCCCUGACAAGCUGGGCCUCUGCGUGUGCGCUGGAUUUGACCAGACAGUGCGCGUGCUCAUUGUCACCAAACUCAACACCGUGUGAAAAUGAAG